AUGACUAAAGCAGACUUUGCCCGUGCACUUCAUCUCAGUCCCAAGAAUGUCAGCGAUUUCAUGACAAAGCCUGGGACUGGAAGUUCUGUUUGCCACAGUGCGCAUGCGUGGUUCAAGCAGCGAGAUGUCCUCAAGAUCAAGACGCCCAACGUCAAGAAGCGUCAGCAACAGGAUGACCAGAAGGCUGCCGAAGCCGCGGCCCUAUCUGUCACUACGCCAGCCGCGAAGAAAGCAAAAACGAGCUCCAGCAGUACGUUGCCAGAUCUCAGGCAAAUCUACCUAUACGGCGAGGAAACCGACGAAGUGCCGGUUUACGACACGUGCGAUGAAAUCCGAAGGAAGAUCAAUUUGCAUUUGAAGAUUCCCGGUUUGACUCAAGCACAAUUCUGUCGUGAUCUUUACGCCCAGCUCCAGGCACCAAAGUGCAAGCAGAUUGCAUCGAAGCAGCUCGCCGACUUCAGGAGCCAGCAUGGACCGCGGACUGGUGCCAAGAGCACGGUCUUCUACGCUGCCUAUGUUUACUUUGAGAAGCUGAGAAUCACGCAGGGCAAGCAGAAGUCCAAGCACAGAGAGACAAUGGAGGGAUUGCACCCCCUUGGAUUCGAUCGUGACACGGAUCAUAGAACCACGUAA